GGGGACUUUUGAUGUGAAUAAGCAUGGAAAACCUCCUGAGUUUUGUGGUGGUGUUCAGGCCCAUAUCUCAACCCUUGCAUCACUUAAAGUGCUGGAGGUUGUCAACACUUUUCCCCACAAGGUGUCCUUGACCGAAGUACCUCGCUUGAGCACUUGGCCUGCACAAUUUUAUAACGGUGGUCCUAAGGAAGAUAAUAUUGCUUUAUACUUCUUUACCAAGGACCUUGAAAGUUAUGAGAACUACACGAUGCUUUUGGAUACCAUGGACAAGAAUGAUCUUGCCCUCAAAGGAAAAUUUGAAGGUGUUGAGCUUCUGAUAUUCCCAUCCAACCAGCUUCAUGAACAUUGCCAGCGGUGGAAUAACUUAUUAUUCCUCUGGGGUGUUUUCAAGGAAAGAAAGGCAAACUGUUCAAAUUUCUCAAAGAGUGUGUGCAAUCCUGAUGCAAGUAUGGUACCUUUGGAGAGGCAAAUAUCUACUGAUAUUCCUCAGCCGGUAGAUAACGAAUCAGCCACUUGUGACAGUUCAUUCAAUGUAGUUCCAGUAACCACUGGUGUUGAAAAGACAUAUAUCUCUACAGAUAGUGUGGUUAAUAUUAAAGUUUCUUCUCUUGAGCAGACAUAUGGUGGAACCAAAGCAAAAUUGGAGGAGCAAUACAGCAAAGUUGACCCCAAACUCUUGUCUAGAAUUUCAACAAGCAGCAGAGAUGUGCAUUCUAAAAUGAAAUGCACCAGUACUCGGGAGGAGAGCAUAAUUCCAGAUUGUAGAUCCGACCCCGAGCUUAAUGAUUGCCUUCAAGCUACUGAAACCCGUACUGGUUCUCUCAAAGUUGAGGAGGAAAUGCAUAUAGAAGAAGAUUACACAUCUCUAAAAGAUAGCCCUACUGGAAAACAAGAGGCAGUUGUUGAGGAGAAAGUUGACAGGGAUUCUGUUAAAAUUAGGGAUUCAAAAGACGAUGCUCGUGCUGAUGGGAAGACUUCUUCAAAUAGAGAUCUCGAUUGUUGGCAAUAUUACCCGUCUUUAAAAGAUAGUCUCACUAGAAAACAAGAGGCAAUCGUGGAGGAUAAGGUUGAUGGAGAUUCUGUCAAAAUUAGGGAUUCAAAGGAUGAUGGGUGUGCUGAUGGGAAGGCUUCUUCAAAUAGAGAGGCCGACUGUUGGCAAUUGAAUCAUUUGAAACGCCCAUACAUCGAUCUUACAGAACCAGUUUGCGAAAUUUCUACCGUUACAAGUCAACAAAUUCCUUGGAGCGGGGUGACGAGAGUUUCUGUAGACACAGGAAAUGGCAAUAAAAAGCUGAAGACGGGUUUUAGCGGAACAUACCUAUAUAGUAGUGCUAGAGAUCAAGUUCCUUUUAGUUAUAGUUUAGCAUCAAAUAGAUACAAUCAAGGUUCCGGCUCUUCAGUCGAAGAGAAGAGAUGUGACAUUACGUGUGAAGAAAAGUUUAUACCCGAGGAUCUGAGCAGUAGCAAAAGGUUCUUCUUUUCCAUGGAUUCACAUUGUGCAGGGGAACUUCAGUUAGGGAACUCCAAACCAUGGCAGGAGCCGUCCGUAAAAGAUGGCUACCGACUUCUCUUCUAAUCUUGAGCUUGCCUUGGGAGCUGAAACGAGACCACCAACCAAGGGAAUCCUGCCUUUCCUUGUUGGAACAAUAGACAAAAAUGACAACCGGAACAAACCGCAUGAUAAGGUAACCGAUGGUGACGUAUCUGCCUCCCUUUCCCUCUUUCCCUUUCCCUUUCCCAGAGGAAGAGCGAGAGGUAAAACUCGUUCCUAAAACGGAACAGCAGUUGCCCGAAAGGCAUCCUGUGAAUACUUCGCUGCUACUAUUUCGGGGCUUCCCCGGAAAAUAGGCUCAUCAUGUGGUAGAAAUGUAUACUAUGGCCUUGCAUUGGGGUUUAUAGAAGAAUCCACAUCACCAUCUGUUCAUAACCCAUACAGAACAUAACAAUUAACUUCUCAUUUAUUUUCUUUUUCGGUAUCGUUUUUUCCAGUGAAUAGACACAGUCACGGCUAUCGAUAUUUAAAGAGAACAAAAGUCGAUUUUGGAAUAUCAACCAGAAAUUUGCAGACAAAUGCUUUGAUCGGUUGAUUUUUUU